AUGGAAAGCAUCAAUGAAAUGGUACGAGGAAUGUACAAAGAUAUGGUUCAAUUUUUGCAAACAGAUCUUUUAUUAGAUCAAAGCGAUUUACAAGCAAAAGGAGAGCGUACAUUUGCAAAUGAUUGUUUAAAAGAUGGUGGUGAACUGAAAGGACUAACAAAUGGAGUUGGUUAUGAAGAAGUUCGAGAAUAUACAUCGCGUGGACAACAUCGUUUACGCUACUAUUUUCUAACAAAAUGUUAUUCUGUAUAUUCAAAACGUGUUAUUUUAAAGCAAAUUGGAAAACAAGUGAUACAACCCGAUAUUGUUAUUAUGAAUUCAUGUUUAUGGGAUAUUAGUCGAUAUGGAGUGAAAUCAAUGAAACAAUAUAAACAAAAUUUUAUUAUAUUCUUGAAAAAAUUACGUCGAUUUCUUCCAAAUGCUCUAUUAAUUUGGCUUUCAGCAUUACCAGUAUUUAUUUCAGUAUCAAGAACAUCGAAAGGAGGUGUCAUGCUUAAAUCAGCUGAAUGGGUUCGACCAAUAUUACCAGGAUUAAUUCGCGAUGCUAAUCGUUAUUGUCGAGAAAAAUGUCCAUUGUACGGUGUUUUAUAUAUUGAUUUAUAUAAACAUUUUUAUCAAUUGCUUCAUUUAAGAAAAGUUGAUGGUAUACAUUGGUGUUCUGUUGGACAUCGAAUAAUAACAGAAAUUAUCAUCAAUCAUCUUAAAGCAUUUUGGUUUGGUACAGAUAAAUUUAAUUGUUUAAAAUUAAAAAUGGAAUUAUCCAUAAACAUCAAUGAAUUUAAAAAACAAUUGAAUAAUUAUCGUUAUCUACCAGAUGAUGAAGAAGAAGAAGAAGAAGAAGAUGUUGAUAGUUUCAGUAAUAAUGACGAAUAUAUUCCACCACUUAUGGAUAGAGACUGGAGAAAAAUUGAUGUGAUAUCUCUUAAACGAAAACAAUUAUCAAUAGAAAUUAAUAAUAACAACAAUCAUUUUGAUCGUAAUGAUAAUCAAGUUAUAAUAAAAGAAUAUGAAACGUCUGUGAAUAAUUCACACUCAGAUAUAGAAGUACAACAGGUUAAACAAGUAUUUGAACAGUUUAAGUUAUUGUUAGCAGCCAGAAAGAAGCGACUCAAACAUUUUGGUUGGUAUAAUAAGAAUAAACGUAUGAAAAAUGAUGGUGGUGGUGGUGAUAAUAAUGAUGAUGAUGCAGAUCAAAUACAAGAAUAUUUAAAUUAUAUGGCAACUCUUUUAAUUGUUUCUCCACAACAUUCACCAUCGUUUAACAAAGAUGAUAAUAACGUUAAUGAACACAUGAGUUUCUCGGAUACAUGUAGUGAUGAUAAUGAUGAAAAUGUCUCAAUACCCACGUCAAAUGAACCGUGUAUCUCGAUUAUUCCAUUGUAUAUUGAUCAUUAUUUUCCGUUUCAACCAUUGUCUGAUAUUGUUGCUGUUAAUCAAUGUAUUAAAGAAAACUCUUUUCGAGAAUAUAAUAAUGACGAUGAUUUUGAUCGAAUAAAUCUAACUUCGUAUAUUCACUCUGUUGAUGAAACUUUUAGUAAACGAAAUAAUAAGAUAAAACAAAAUGAUUUGUUGUCUAAUAAUAAUAAUAAUUUUUCAUUCUCAUUCAAUCAGUUAAAUGAAAAUGAAAUUUCUAAUUCGAUCAGUGAACAUUUAGCAACUAGUGAUAAAAUUCAGUCUUCAUUAACAAAUGAAAAUAAUAAAAACAAUGUUAUGUCCUAUAUUCACUGUGAGCAAAACGAAUUAAUCAGACAAAAUGACAUUGAUGAUAUAAAUCGAUUACAAGCAAAUUCUGUGAUUAAACGCAUUUCUCAAUCACCACCACCAUCUUUUAUCAAAUUCAAGAUCAGUGACGAUGCAUUAGUUAUGAAUAACGUAGCAACCACGACGUGCUUUUCUGUUUAUAAACAUAACGAUAGUAACGAUUGUUUGACUAUCAAUACUGCUGAGAGUUUACCAUCACAACACAUUGGUAUUUCCGAUAAUUCAUCAGAAACUCUUCUACCUUCUGUUGAAGUGCAAGAAAUCAUUACAGGUAAACAAAACAUGAAGACAUGAAAUAUUCGAGAUUUUUUAUAUCUUACGCACUUUUGCUCAUAGGUUUCAUUCUAUACUACCUUAGUACAUAUUCGCCUACUGAACUUUUAAUUCGAUACAAUGAACACUCUCAU